UUUCUGAAGAGGGAGAGGAGGACCCAACGAGGGUAAAAUUACGAGUCCGAUUCCUCUCGCGCUCUCUCUCUCGAUCUCUCCUUUCCCUUCCAUUCUCGCCUGGAUCGAGCGAUUUCCGGCGUUCGUCUCGAUUUCUACUCGGCUUUCUUCGGCGCCUGUGUUUCCAUGCAAGCCAUUUCCUGGAUUGAGAGGAAGAAGACAACAAAAAAACAAAACAGCCGAUUCUUCCGUGAAGGUCUGGGGUUUUCUGGAGAAAUGGCGUCGCAAUCGAUGUUCAUGCAUUGUGGUGAAUGAAGCAUGAGCUGGGGAAUCUGUUGAUUUGGCAUUGCUAGCUGUAAAAGAUACACACUGAUUCUUCAAAAUCAAGAUUCGUUUUGUUAAGUCAUCGAUACUUCUAUUUCGAGCAUGUCGGGGCUUAAUUGAUCGUGAAUCCCAUGGCGCCAACAUAUUGAUUAUGGUUCUUUGAUCUUCAUAGCAGACGAAUCUUGUCACAAUUUCGACUGAAACAGAAGAAAUUCAUCAAGUUUCUCUAAUAGCCUCGACAUUCGAUCAUUAUGUGGAGAUCUCUAUCCAUACCGUGCUUUAGAUCAAAGAAGAAUCUUGCUGAUCUAGCUAGAGCCAGCCAUGAUUCCUCAGACGACGAAACCUCAUCAAAUGCAAGCGCCGAAGAAGCACUGGAAUGCCCAAUUUGCUGGGAGUCAUUCAACAUUGUCGAGAACAUCCCUUAUGUUUUAUGGUGUGGCCACACAUUGUGCAAGAAUUGCAUUCUCGGCUUGCAGCGGCCUACUCUGAAGCUUUCCUUUCAACAUGUUCAGGUCCCGUUUUUCGUCUCUUGCCCUUGGUGCAAUCUGUUGACAUUUCGGCUGAUCUACAAGGGAAACCUUAGACUCCCGAGCAAGAAUUUCUUCCUUCUGUGGAUGGUCGAGAGCAGAAAUGGUGACAGAAUGCAAUCCGCGCCUCCCUACACCAGAGACCGUCAUCAAAUAUGCUCGCCGCGGUGCACUUCAGUUUUGGGAAAUAGCUCUUGUAACAACACCACCAACAGGAGGUUGCUUCAAGUUAAUCAUUCGAGCUCCGGACGUAGUCGCAACCGCCCUAUCGACAUCGCUUCCGAAAGAAUCCAGAUUUCCUUUCACAAGUCUCUGGAUUAUUUCAUCCAUUUGACAACGAAGCUACCGUUCGUCGUCCUACUUCUGAUCGUCCUGUUUGCAAUACCUAUCAGUGCUGUCAUCCUAGUGCUGUACCUUAUAAUGACGAUUUUCAUCGCACUCCCGGCGUUCUUGGUGCUAUAUUUUGCGUACCCGACGUUGGAUUGGGUGGGACGAGAGAUCAGAACUUGAGCCAUUCAACGUCGGGUAUAUUUCUGCCGUGUCUUGCCGAACCGCUGUCCGGUUAUGAGAUGAGAUGUCUUGUCUUAUGGAAUAAAACCUCUUUUAUCUGAAGCCACCGAAGAGAUUAGAAAUUUCGAGGAUGCUGCGAUAUUAUGGUGAUUAUGUUUCGACGGCUGUUUGUGACGUACGAUUUCUUUUCGCUCCUCAAGAAUUUUCUAUUGAUGUGGUGAUGAUGAUAAUGUUUGCCUUCAAGGGAAGCUUAGACUGGGUUUUAUUGCGUAUUCGAACUUAAGGCGAUGCUUUGAUUCCUUCUUGGCCUUAUCGUUUUUGGUCAUUUUCUUCGAAGUUCUUAUUUCUUGGCAUAUAGAGUUUCGAUAGUUUGGCAAGGUGUACAA